AUCACGGGCUUCUCUUUCUCUGGCACCCCCAUCAGCUGUUGCUGUCAAUCACCUGAAACACACACACACACACACACACACACAGAGCAGUGAGGGAAAGCCGUGGAUCUGCUCUUAUAAGGACCUUCGGCUGUCACACACAGAUGGAUCAGGAUGAAAACACUGAGGGUGUCGCUGCAGACGCUGAACUGGUAGCAGAGAUUAUGAAGCGUAACUUUCGCCCGUCGCUGAUCAGAACUGAAGCGUGGGAAGGCUACGUGUUCGCAGACAUGGAGAUCAAGAUCAAAGAGUCGUCGGAAUACUACGGGGCCGUUCUGUGGCCCUCGGCCAUGGUCUUGUGUCAUUUCCUGGACACUCACCGCGACGAGUUCAACCUCACGGACAAGAGCAUCGUGGAGCUGGGAGCCGGAACGGGCCUCGUUACCAUAGUGACCAGCCUCCUCGGCGCAAAAGUGACGUCCACAGACCUGCCGAAUAUCCUGAGCAAUCUGAAGUACAACGUCACGCGUAACACCAGGGGGCGCUGCAGGCACGAGCCGAUCGUGACGGAGCUGAGCUGGGGGAAGGAGCUGGAGGAGCGUUUCCCGCGCGCGACCUGCCGCUACGACUACAUCAUCGCGGCGGACGUGGUGUACUCGCACCCGUACCUGCAGGAGCUCAUGGAGACCUUCCUACACCUGAGCUCAGAAAACACCGUCAUCCUAUGGGCCAUGAGGUUCCGUCUGGACCCGGAGAACCGCUUCGUGGACAUGUUCCAGGAGCACUUUCAGCUGCAGGAGCUCCUCGACCUGCCCAGCCUGAGGAUAAAGCUGUACAGCGCACGCAAGCGCACACCAACACAACAGGAGAGGGGACAAGAUGUUAAAUAAGUCUCUGAUGUCUCUUAUUGUUUUAGAUAUUGUUUUAUAGCAUGUUAAAAUUGUCACUUUUUAAAGGUUUUUGUGUGUGUCUCUUUAAAUGCAAAUGAGCUUCUGCUCCCGGCACAGGGGGCGGAGCUUCAAAAGCUUGUGUGUGUGUGCAGCUCUGAUUACCUCACACAGACACAACAUUAACAAAACCAUAACUAUAAAUGUGACUGGAUCACAAAUAAACCAUCUUUUUUUAUGGUAAAAAAUCAGCCAGAACUUCAGAACCAUCAAAAACACGGAUUACAGACUUUACUUGAAAUUUACAGUAAUAAACUAUAUUUCAUUGUGUAAUAUAAUGUUAAUUUACCAACCUAUUGAAGUAUUAAUAUCUGUUUUGUACCAUUAUAAUAAACUGUCAACCACCAAUCACAGUAUUUUACAGUAACGUUACAUUAAAUGUACCGUAUGUAAUACGAAAACUUUCUGUUAACCAAUUAACAGUUCUUCACUGUAAUAUUUUUACGGUCUUUUACCGUUAAAAUCACAAUCGUUUUUUACAGUGCGGAUAUAUGUGUGGCAAUAGCCAACAAUACAUUGCAUGGGUCAAAAUUAUCAAUUUUUUUAA